GUCAGCACAGGUGAGCUCUCUUAUUUAUUAUUGACUGAUUACUAGUUUUUGGUUUUCCUUCAUGUCAGUGAAACACAAAUCUAACAUUUUAUAAAGGUUGUAACUUUAAAAGAAAACAUUCUGUUAAAACGGUAAAACAUUUUAAAGAGAUACAGAACAAAAGGAAACAUUGUUGUAACUGGAUGAUUUGUUUUCCUUGUCAUUGUCACUGGGGGGAUAUUUUGGAUUUAAAAACAUUUGUAUGUUUCAGUUGUUAUGAAGUCCAUAAUGGCUAAGUAUAAAUAGGUCUAUAAUUUAUCAUUUUGAUUGUUUUAAACACGUAGUUUGGUUGUUUUGAAUUUUAAGAUUUUAAUUGUUGAAUAGGUUUUUCUUAUAUUUUCUUGUAAAUAAUCAAAUCGUAUUUGAUUUACGUUAGAAAAAAGAUAUCAAUCAAGAAGUUGGUUAUGAAAUUAACAAGCAAAACAUGUGGACUGACGUUUUUUUCCAAAGGCAAACAUUAACCUCACAAUCCAUCACCUGACAAUGAUAAAUGCCUUCUUUUACAGUCCUACUAGCUGAAGUGGGUGUUGAAAAACAUUAUUUUGCGGAUUGUUUACUGCACUUGCAUGCUUUUGUCUCCUCAAAGACAUUAAAUAAAGCUAAAUCAUUGAUAGAUUGCAUUACAGUAGAUUGCUUUUAUGCUCUGGACAGUAUCAUAUCUAAUUCUAACAUUUAAGUCGGCUAAAUUAAAUAUGUUAUGGUGUCAAUUUGAAACUCAAAGUGAAUAAACUGUUAAAUCAAACAAAAACAAACUGUAAAGAAAGUAAAUAAAUCAAAAAACUGCUUUUGAUUUGUUGAAGUCAGGUGACAAAUUGAGAUUUGCCCCCCUCCCCCCACUGCCAGAGGCUAAUCAUUUGAUGCAUGUCUGGUCAACACGUGAAUUUAAAAUGUACAGAAUGGAUGAUAACUGAAAUAACUUUUCCAAUGUUUUUACAGGAUGAUGAAGAUGGCAGGAAGUGUUGAGUGUUGUUGCGUAACUCUGCUCUUUGCUCUGACCUCUGUGUCAGCUGUUCAAGUGCUGAAUUCAAUCAAGGAUUUAAAGAAACUUGACUUUGGACCAUCUGUACCAGAACACAGUCUGGUGCUGCUCUACUGGUUUGCCAACACUGUUAUCAUUAAUCAUAACAAUGAAAUACGGUUGACAUUUGACCCAAGAAACGGAGAUUACAGCUCACAUCCUUAUUACAACCAUGAGAAUUUGUUGGACCCACUGCCUCGAGCACAACACGACUACACUAUUGGAAAUCUCAAUCAAGGCACGUCAGUUCGACUUCCAUCUUAUGUUGUCGAUCCCCCAACUUCGUUUGCAGUAGCAAAUAUGGACAGGAUCAUAAUCAGAGUCAGGGGAGAGAUGAUAGACCAGGUGUAUCUCACACAGCAUUACAGUGGUUAUCACAACCAUGGGACAGAAUAUGAUCCAGCUCACACCUACCUGAUCACAACGAACCUCUUAAGACAGAUCAGAGAGUUUUCUAUGGGAGGAAACUAUCAGUCUUUACUGAAUCUCCGAGAGCGCUUUAGAAGUAAUGCUGAUGUUUCCCUCAUCAGAAACACAUUGGGAGACCUCGCCUGCCUCGGACUGUUUUUGUGUAUUGUGAUGAAGAGACAGAUCUACUUUCGGGAACAAAGCAGAAGACCAGAAAACAGGAACAAUGAUGAGUCGAAUGAGAACAGCAGUCCAGUCAAUAACUUCACAGAAGUACCCCAAAACGAAGACCAAUGCCUGAGCUGUAGAACGAUUUGUUUGGCCCUCAUUUUCGUUGUGAUUUUAUUAAUUGUAAUUAUAACGUACAUGUAAAAAAAUUUCAGUUAACAUUAAGAAACAGAUUUAUUUUUUUACGCUCCAUAAAGCUGAGACUCUUUGGGAUUUAAGUCCUAUAAAAUCAGACACUGAACUUUAUUCAGACUAGAAUAAGUGAUCACUACAACCUGCUUAUCCAAGAGAGGUGAUCAUUCUUUUUUAUCAUUAAUUGGGUUUGUACAGGUGCACCGAUUGAGCGACAGGUGACUGAAAAAAUUAAUAUCAGCAUGUCGCACCUUGUGAAAAUCAGAAAUGAGAAUCAGCCAAAGAAACUGCAACCAGUGCAUCUCUAAUUGAAUCAGUGCCACAGAGGUCAAAGGCCACAGUUUCAUUUCCAGAGAAGCUGUUACUUUGGGAGUUUAACUUUUCUCACAAAGACGAAAAGAGCAGACGUCUCUCGGCAGCAGGUCAGCACAGUUGUUAUGAAGUCCAUAAUGGGAUGAUGAAGAUGGCAGGAAGUGUUGAGUGUUGUUGCGUAACUCUGCUCUUUGCUCUGACCUCUGUGUCAGCUGUUCAAGUGCUGAAUUCAAUCAAGGAUUUAAAGAAACUUGACUUUGGACCAUCUGUACCAGAACACAGUCUGGUGCUGCUCUACUGGUUUGCCAACACUGUUAUCAUUAAUCAUAACAAUGAAAUACGGUUGACAUUUGACCCAAGAAACGGAGAUUACAGCUCACAUCCUUAUUACAACCAUGAGAAUUUGUUGGACCCACUGCCUCGAGCACAACACGACUACACUAUUGGAAAUCUCAAUCAAGGCACGUCAGUUCGACUUCCAUCUUAUGUUGUCGAUCCCCCAACUUCGUUUGCAGUAGCAAAUAUGGACAGGAUCAUAAUCAGAGUCAGGGGAGAGAUGAUAGACCAGGUGUAUCUCACACAGCAUUACAGUGGUUAUCACAACCAUGGGACAGAAUAUGAUCCAGCUCACACCUACCUGAUCACAACGAACCUCUUAAGACAGAUCAGAGAGUUUUCUAUGGGAGGAAACUAUCAGUCUUUACUGAAUCUCCGAGACCGCUUUAGAAGUAAUGCUGAUGUUUCCCUCAUCAGAAACACAUUGGGAGACCUCGCCUGCCUCGGACUGUUUUUGUGUAUUGUGAUGAAGAGACAGAUCUACUUUCGGGAACAAAGCAGAAGACCAGAAAACAGGAACAAUGAUGAGUCGAAUGAGAACAGCAGUCCAGUCAAUAACUAUGAGAACAGAGGUCGAGUCAAUAACUAUGAGAACACAAGUCAAGUCAAUAACUAUGAGAACACAGGUCGAGUCAAUAACUAUGAGAACAGAGGAUCAGUCAGUAACUAUGAGAACAGAGGAUCAGUCAAUAACUAUGAGAACAGAGGAUCAGUCAAUAACUAUGAGAACAGCGGUCGAGGCAGUAACUACACCUCAGAACCCGAAAACAACCACAGAUGCAUGUGGUGUUGUAUCAUUUUUUCGGUCCUCAUUUUGGUAGUGAUUUGUAUUGCAAUUGGUGCGUACUUUUUAUUCGGUUAAGAUUAAGAAACAGAUUUUUUUUUGUACGCUCCGUAAAGCUGAGACUCUUUGGGGUUUAAAGAGCCCAUAUUAUGCCCUUUUUGGGAUUCGUAUAUAUUUAAUCUAUGUAUCUACUUUUGUACGUUCACAAUAGCUAAAGUUUGAAAAAAGUGUCUGUUUUCAUGUACUGCUCCUCCUUGCACCCUCUACGCUCUGAGUCCGUCAGCUACGCUCUGCUGAGCCCACACUGUUAGACCCCAUGUGGGCCAAGUCUGCUCUGAUUGGUCGUUAUUGGUCAGUUGCUCAGCACGCUUGUCGGAAAUUUCAACAUGAGCUGCAGGGCUUGCCACAACGAGCCAAUGGGCUUAGAUCAGUGAUCUCACACUGACAAAGACGUCGCACUGACACAUUUUUAUCGAGGGGGGCUAGAACCGAGCGUUACAUGCAGCUAAUGCUACAGCUAACAGGAGGAUGUAGGAGAAGCCGCGUUUCCUCAGACUUUGAAUUUUUGCACAUAGAUGUGCCUAAACAUGCACAGGACACUUGGAAAACACACUAAAGGGCAUAUAAAACCAGAAAAAGCAUAAUAUGGGACUUUUAAGUCCUAUAAAGCCAGACACUGAACUUUAUUCCGACUAGAAUAAGUGAUCACUACAACCUGCUUAUCCAAGAGAGGAGGUGAUCAUUCUUUUUUAUCAUUAAUUGGGUUUGUACAGGUGCACCGAUUAAGCGACAGGUGACUGAAAAAAUUAAUAUCAGCAUGUCGCGCUUUGUGAAAAUCAGAAAUGAGAAUCAGCCAAAGAAACUGCAACCAGUGCAUCUCUAAUUGAAUCAGUGCCACAGAGGUCAAAGGCCACAGGUGUUUAUGUCAGACACUGAAUACAUUUGCUGUUAAUGUCUUUUUCUGUUAUUUUUCCUGUCCUGAAAAAUUAGAAUAGAUCAGAAACAGUAAAUAUGUACCAUUAAGGACUAAUUUCGUCAGAGAAAGAAUCCAGUGAUGGAAUUACACUGUAAAGCACACAGGGAGGCCAUGUUUGAUACAAAUUAUAACUGAGGAGGAGCAUUCGGUGGAUCAUUUGACAGAAGGACCCAGGGUGUGAUGAGGGAAUGAUUAAAUGUACUAUCAAAUACCAGGAAACAUAUAAAGUAGUAAAAUAUUAACUCAGUACAAGAUAAUAUAAUGUUAUGAUUCUACUCCUUCUAGGCUCCACAGGAUGGGCUUGAAGACAAGACAGAAAUGCCAAAUAUAAAAACAUAACUCUGGAGUGAUAAAGGAAGGGGUUGUCAUGGCUUCCCAAGUAAUCCUCAGAUAAUGGAAAAGAACGUCUUCUUCAUAUUUUAUAACAGGGAUAGAAUCUAUGUUAGAUAUAUUGUCUUAUGAACAAAUGUUGGCUAGAAUCAAUGAUUUAGGUGAGAACUUAAAGAGUUCAUGGGAUCACUUUCUUGCUGUUAUUGGGAUUGCUGUAAUGAACUGUUUGAAUGACUGUGGCUGCUAAAUGUUUCUUUAUUAUGUGCAAGGUAUCAAAGGCCUUUUGGAUCAUUUGUAACCCAAAGUGAUGAUAUGGUUUGUUUGUUCUUUAAAUAAAAAAACUUGAAUGAUUAAAAAGUA